GCAGUUUUCGGGAUAUGCGGUGAAGCUCACAGAACAAGAUCGUUUCGACUUCUGAUCGGAGGGAAAAUUAUCAACUUCUCUCAAAGCGUUUGGAGGAAUAGGAAAAACUUUAGUGGAAUCACUGCAAUUUGGUAUCAUUAUGAUAAGUGGUGAACAAAUUGUUUGACUUUAGCGGGACAGGUUGAAAAGAAAAUGAAAGAAAUCUUAUAUCUCUUCUGAGAUUCUUUUGAAGGAAUCAGAACUUAUUACUUUGGAUAGAAGAGAGAAGAAGAAAGGUUAUACGAAAUUUCUAAUGGUUAGAAUGUGAUUGAGAAGGGAGUUGACUAUGAGAUGUGUGGUCUUAAUUCUUCUGGUGGUGACAUAUGGCACUCAAGGGGAGACAGUGGAAUCCAGCCCUUGCAAGUCAUGGGAAUUCCGUUGCUCAAACGAUCACUGCAUCAGCCACAAUCGUUAUUGCGAUGGAACGGAUGACUGUGGAGAUUCUUCAGAUGAGCCACCAGGUUGCACAAAUUGUAACCAGACGUUGAUGGGCGAAGUGGGAACGAAGUAUCCGCUGAGAAUUACUGAACCUUUUCAUCGGAAUUCUCCCUUUGUAUGCAAACUCCAUCUUGUGGCCGGUGGCGGAGAUCUUCUGGGAGAAAGAUUGGAAAUAACAUUCCUCUCAUUUCAAAUCGGAUCUUUGACUCUUGAUCGUAAUGGCAGUGAAGACAAACUGGAAUGCAAAAGAGGUUACCUUCGUCUAUCUGAGAGCCACGAUGACAUUUUUCUUGGCGAUGAUGGUUUUCGAAAACCGGGAUCAACUCUCAGAAGUCAGCAGACUCGAGGGUUUUCUCAACUCAUUUCAGCAUUUAAAGAACCUCCGCUGAGACAAUUGUCUACACUCUACGAGCUUACUGCCAACAUGGAACCAGAUUUCGGAUUAUUUUGCGGAAGUCUCAUUUCGUCAAAUUUAGGAGUUGCGUUCUAUUCGUCUGGAAAUAAUGUCACAUUAUCUGUCUAUUUACCACCGAGAUCAGCUGUUGGAGCAACGUCUCUCAUGGGCUCGUUUGGAUUGUAUUUAACCUACAGAUUUUUGUCAUCAAAUCCACCCAAAGCUUCUCAAAACACCGAUCAUGAUGGUCCUACCAUGCAUCUAGGCAAUGAGGUUGCGAACACCUACUGCGACAAAGCUUUUGCCAACUGCGAUCGGAAAAAGUGCAUCAUUCGAUCACCGAACUUCCCUGGAUUGUAUCUGAGGAAUUUCACCUGUAAUUACUACAUCAGACAGGAUUACAUUCCACCAGGAAAAAGAGCACACAUAGUGAUAUAUCAAUCUAAUGAGUAUAAAAUAUCUGUUAAUACUGGUUCUUCUCUCAUCAGAUCUGAUUCCAGGAAACUAAUUAAUCAAGGCAUUGGUGGGCUCUCUACAGAUUGUGCAGGAGAUGUUGUUCGCAUAUAUGAUAGGAUAAACUCAGAAGAUGGUGGUGGUCGUGCUCUACUGACGGAAUUUUGCGAAUCUGGUUCUUUAACUGAUGUUGUAUCAAGUGGUCCAGAAAUGCUCGUCCAGCUUUAUAGUGCUCCAUCAAAUCUCCUAUAUGAAUCAAGACUAGAAUUAGAAGUCCGUGUUGAGUUUUCUGAAAUAAGAAAAAUGGAAAAUGAAUUCAGUUCUAAUCGUGAUGGAAAGUGUGAAAUAGUGAUUGAUGGAUCUGUCACCCGUACAGGUGUUAUUAAAAGCCCUCAGCACAACAUGCCUAAAAAUACCACUUGUGAAGCAAAAUUAAUAGGAACCAGUUCCCAACGUAUAUGGUUAUAUUUUGUAUCAUAUUUUGUACAGGAUCAGGGCACUCUAGGCUUUGAUCACCACCCAUCAAGUACAGAGUUUCAAAGUAAUGCCUUGACUGAAGAUACUUGUGAUAUCAGUAGUUUAGAAUUGUAUUUACGCGACUCUCACAAUAAGUCUUUUUCAAAAACAAGCCACGAAAAAUCAAUGAACAAUAGUACUUAUUUCCGUUUUUGCGAAUCUACAUUGCCUGUGAUGUGCACCAGGGCUUCAGACUUUAUUGAUUUCAUUCCAAAGAGGCCUUGCUUACCACCGAAUGAAAGUUAUUUUUCUGAAUCAUCCAAAGUUCUUAUCCGUUACUCACUCAGUAUGCGAGCUCCUAAUGUAGUAUCCUCACUUUCUGCUACAUCUUUCAUAAUUCGAUAUGAGUUCGUAGAUGUUGAGCCCUCUGAAAAACCGCAAAGGUUUGAUGCAACUGCUGGAAGAUCUUGCGGCAGAUUUAUAAAUUCAAGUGUGAAUCUUUCUGGUGAAAUUUUUUCCCCACGGAAUUUAUUUUUGUAUGGAAGAGGUGGGCAAGAAAAACUAACGUGUGAUUACCAUUUCUCGCUUCAAGCUAAAGAAAGAAUCCUCAUUGAAGUCGGCCACUUUCAUUCUAAUAUACGUACAUGUUCUACAUCAUUUGAUCCCCGACUUCAGCGAUUCGAUUGUUAUUUCAAAGGUGGAAUUUCCUCUCAUCAAUCUUAUUCAGAGAAUACAAUCCCGCACAGACAUUCAUUCCUUUCUUUCACCGAAUCAUUUGGCUCAUCGUCAGUUCACGUUGGUUGCAUUUGUGACCGAGCAAUUUCUCUAGCCCCAUCAAUCAUGUUUACUUCCUCUUCGUCUGAACAGUCAUCAGCAAUUACAAUGACUUUUGAUGUAUCUGGAAUGACUGCAUUUGAGGAUUACUCCAAUUUCAGCUUUAGUGUUCGUUACAGAAUUCUUCCUUCAAGUUCUAAUGAUCAAGAAUGUAGUGUUUUACCAGAUAAACUUGAUAGAAAUCGAACUCAUGGAGGAGAACUGUCUUUCCAGGCAGCUCCUUCAAGCUCAAAUAUGGUAGGUGAGCAUUUAUUGCGUUGUCGCUGGUUUUUACAAUCCUCCUUACCCGAAACUUACUUGUAUUUACAAUUGCGUGGUAAACCUUGUGAUAAUCCUUUAUGGUUGGAGGAAAGAAAUAGAGUUAUAUUGUAUAGCAGCGAAAGUAACGGCCUCAUGUAUCCCAAAAUGGUGCUAUGUUUAUCUUCUUUUCCAUCAGAAUCAGUUUCUUCAAAAUCUGAGAGUGAAAUUUUCGAUUUCUUCUCUACGUCAUGGUACAAAAAUGAUACCAACAACUCACAGUUUUUCAUUAAGGAUGAAUCGAUUUCUUCCAACAGUUACCAAGAGCGAAACCAAAGUAUUCCAGAUAAAAUAAUAGUAGAACUCAUGGCUUUUAGAAAAGGUACCUUGACAGUGAAGUGGUUGGAAGUUUCCAAACCAUCAUCUAAACCAGUCACAGAUGAAGUGCACUCAGAUGGGGGCAGGACACUGAAGAACAUAAAUUGUCUCCAUGAAUGCCCAGAACUCAGUGCUUGCAUCAACCCUGAACUCUGGUGUGAUGGCGUUGUGCACUGUCCUCACAGUGGAUUUGAUGAAUCCGCAGAAAACUGUCAGCAAACUUUAACACUGUAUAUUUCAGUGGGCUUGGGGUGCUUAGUUGUAUUUAUGGGAGUCGGGCUGUUAAUAUUCUUUUUGUUCCGUAAAUACUCUCAGCAGCGUCGACUUCAUCAACAGACUCAUCCAGCGAGCUUUGAACAUCUCCCUCACUGUCUUCAGCACAAUCAGAACCGUGAGUUAACCACUAAGAACUUCUCAAAUGCUUCUCCAGUUUUUAUGGUGGGCGGUAGCAUGAAAAAGAAAAAGAAGAAAAACAAAGAUGAAUUUCUUCGUCAUAUUCAAACAAUGGAAGUUCGUUUCCCUGAUCUCCAUAUGUGAUGAUAUUUAUUGUUUACAGAUAAAAAACUACAUGUUACAUUGUUUCCUCGUGUCUAUAUUGUUUGAAAUCUUUUUCUACGUCGGAAUGUACCUUUUUACAAUAAAUUGCUCA